AUGGUAGGGGCGGUGAGGGUGCGGGUUGGGGGUGGAGUAGUGGAGGUAGGAGUGGUGCGGGUGUCGUGGGUUGUUGGAGUGACAUUGAGGGUGCGGGGUGGGAGCGUGGAGGUGCUAGUGGUGCCAUGGGUUGCCAGGGUGGUGGUGAAGGAGCGGGGUGGGGAUGGAGGUGGAGGUGCGGGUGCCGUGGGUUGCGGGGGUGGUGGGGAAGGUGCCGGGUGGGGGUGGGGGUGGGGUGGGCUAGUCGUGAGGGGUGGAGCUGGGGUUGGGGCUAGCGGCGUAGGUUGGGGUAGAGCUGGUGGGGGUGGAGGACAGGGGAUUGGGGGUGGCAGAGAAGUUGUGCCAUGGAUUGCGAGGGUGGCGGUGAGGGAGCGGGGUUGGGGUGGGGGUGGAGGUGUGAGUUGUGCGGGUGCUGUGGCGGUGAAGGUAGGGGGAGUGGUUGGGUUUGGCAGUGAGGGUUCAAGAUUGGGGAUGGGGGAUGGCGGUGAGGGUGGAGGGAGAGUGGGGAAGGGUGGAGCUGGGACUGGGCAUCGCGGCGUGGGUUGGGGUGCGGCUGGUGCGGGUGGGGACUGUGGAUGGGGGUGA